AUGAACAGCCCAGAACUUAUUCUUCGCCUGGCAACGGCUUCUGAUCUACCUGCUAUUGCUCGAUGUUGGUACUAUGCGUUCUUUGAUGACGAAGUCAUUGGAGACUUGAUGCAUCCCCAUCGAGAAGAGAGCCCUGAAGAUGUCUACUAUUUCCUUCUCCGGGGAGUUAGAGAACGAUUCUGGGACUGGAGACACCAGUUCAUCGUUAUUACGGUUAUAGAAGAAGGUAUUGAAAGAAUUGUCGGCGCGGCAGAUUGGAGGAGAAUCGGGGAUGGUGGCAAAGCGAUGGAGCUUCCACGUCUCGAUCCAAGAAAUCUGAUCUCUCCGACCUACUCGUUGUAUCACAACGUUUCCCUGUACUUUUUCCCAAAUCGUGCUGCAGAUCCUGCACGUGCUUCGAUUCUCAACUCCGCAGUCGAGAGCGCGGCUUCUUACUGGACAGGCAAACAUUCUCAGUGCUGGGAUCUUUACGUCUGCGGAGUCCAUCCAGAUUACCAAGGCAAGGGCAUUGGGAAAGCACUAGUCGAUUGGGGUAUCAGGAAAGCCGAUGAAGAGCGUACAAGUGCAAGUGUACUAUGUGGUGAGAAGAAUCGGGUAUUCUACAACAAGGCCGGAUUGACGGAGGACAUGGGAGGUUUGAAAAGUUCUAGCGGCGGUAAUGGCGGGAUUGCAUUAUUUCGCAGUGUACAGCAGGAGUAACAUGAUGUCGUGAGUCUCGUGCCUAUCUGAGACAGAAUCGAUGGUAGGAAGAUGGACGAGCCUUUGGGGAGGGGGAGGUGAUGCCGAAUUUCCCAUUGUGUAGAGAAAUACAAUUCAUAUCCCGCAGAAGAAUCCAGAGCAAAUGCCACAUAUAGCUAGGUGAUGGACCGUAUCAGUG